AUGGCCGAAUCACCCUCGCCGAUUGGUAUCGCCAAUCUCCCCAACCAGCGCCACAAGAUCGUGGCCAAGCGUGGUGCUGCCUUCACGAUCAUGGUCGCAGGCGAGUCCGGCCUCGGAAAGACCACCUUCAUCAACACCCUCUUCAGCACGACCAUCAAGAACUACGCCGACCAUCGCCGCCGUCAUGCUAAGCAGGUGGACAAGACCGUCGAGAUCGAGAUCACCAAGGCAGAGUUGGAAGAGAAGUUCUUCAAGGUCCGCUUGACUGUCAUCGACACCCCCGGCUUUGGAGACUACGUGAACAACAGGGACAGCUGGCAGCCGAUCAUUGAGUUCCUGGACGAUCAGCACGAGAGCUACAUGCUCCAGGAGCAGCAGCCAAAGAGAACCGAGAAGAUCGAUCUGAGAGUACACGCCUGCCUGUACUUCAUUCGCCCGACUGGACACACACUCAAGCCAUUGGACAUCGAGGUCAUGAAGCGCCUGUGCACUCGUGUCAACCUGAUUCCUGUCGUCGCAAAGGCAGAUACUCUCUCACCAGCAGACCUCGCCAAGUUCAAGCACCGCAUCCGCGCCGUGAUCGAAGCUCAAGGCAUCAAAAUCUACACACCACCGCUCGAGGAAGACGACGAGGCCGGCCUGCAGCACGCUCGUAGUUUGAUCUCUGCGAUGCCGUUCUCCGUGAUAGGAUCCGAGCGAGACGUCGCCACCCCCGAUGGCCGCACUGUCAAGGGUCGCCAAUACGCAUGGGGUGUUGCCGAGGUCGAGAAUGAAGAGCACUGUGACUUUAAGAAGCUGCGCGCUAUCCUCAUCCGCACACACAUGCUCGACUUGAUCCAUACCACUGAGGAGAACCACUAUGAGGCGUACCGAGCGCAGCAAAUGGAGACGCGCAAAUUCGGCGAAGCGCGCCCACGCAAACUGGAUAACCCGAAGUUCAAGGAGGAGGAAGAGCAGCUCAGAAAGCGUUUCACUGAGCAAGUUAAGGUUGAAGAGCAGCGCUUCAGGCAGUGGGAACAGAAGCUCAUUUCCGAGCGUGACCGCUUGAACAAGGACCUGGAACAGUCACACGCAGUGAUUAAGCAGCUUGAGGCUGAAGUGGAAGGUCUUCAGGGCAGUAUGUCACGUACAGGUCGUCGUUGA